AUGAGUCAACCUCAACCUUUAAUACCUCAAGACGCUGAUAUUCCUGUAAAUUCGUCCUUCGAUAAUCUCACUGCUGAACAAAAAUAUGAAAAUUUAACUAAGGGUACAACAGAUUUGUUCAAUAGUGCACAAAAAACAGAAAAUCAGACAGUUUCUCAACUUCCGACCAUUAUUAUUUCUGGAUCAUCUUUUU